AUGACUACGCAGGAUGCUACCUCCAGCAUUCCGAGCAAACGCGGCUCGUCAGCUCUCUCAAUGGGGCCUCGCAAAAAGGCCUCAUCAUCCGAUCCGCUUGUCUCCCACGGACGCCACUUUGGUCGAACGGUAUUUGCGCUAUGCAAUUACCCUUCCCUACUCACCAACGGUAUCUUGAGACUGGAACAAAUGGAGGAUGUCCCGUUGGAAGACUUCCCUGCUGACGAGCGGCGAGAACAUCGUGUCUUUGAACAACUCAUAGACUCCUACCCCGGCCUUCUGGAUCGGUUGAAAGAUGGAUCCGAGGAGGAAAUCCUCCACGUCGGAGAGCUGAUUGGAAAGGGGGCCGCAGGCGCCAGAGGCGAUGAUACAAAGACGCUGAAAUCUGCGGUACUCGACUGGAUUUCCCCGAAAGGAGAGGCGAUACAGCCCCAUUUACAUAGAAACUCCAAGCUCGACCGCGGUUUUAACCACGAACUUACGGGAUCUCUUCUUUGUCCCGCCGGGUUGGACUGGCACGACCCUCAGACAAAAGAAGACCUCCGAAGUGGCGAGAUGCUGGUCUGCGGGGAUCAGUGGCCGAUCUUCUUGUACGCUCACUAUGUCUAUGACUCUGAAGACCCGUGGUCCGGCCUGCUAAGGAGCCGUUUAUUAACAUGUGCCUACAAGCACGUUUUUACGUCUCCAAGUUCGGUUGACAAGGAACCGAAGGCCACGUUCGUCGAGUAUCAUCCUUCUGCAGCAGCACUUGACGUACCGCUGAAGGUGCGAUUCGCUCUCAGUUCAUCUUCAGUGUUCUCACGGACCGACACAGUUACAGAUUCUGAGACGUUUUACCACAGCCUCCUCGACCUGUUAGAAGACCCUGAGGAAUGUAAAGAAGUUGAUGAGCUGCUGACCUGGUGGAAUCGCCAAGUAUUUCCUACCUCAUCUGCUGCCAAGAGACCUAUCAGCGCCAACAGCGCCUUAUCCAAGAUCCGACAAAAACGUAUUGCGCUCAAACGAGCAAUGAAUCCGGACGUCGUCUCUUCAUAG